AUGAUCAACGGCUGCUUCAGCAACGGAUUCCCUACUCUUGGUUUUGAGAUGUACAACAAGAUGAAGCAGAGUGGAAUCCAGCCGGAUUCCGGCACCGAUCAUGCCGAUGACGACUCCCUUGGGUGCACCUUCCCCAAGGGUUAUAGUGUUGAUUGGGACGGCGGUCGGAGGCCGUCGAUGGUGUGGACUGGGGUGACAUGUGAGACACGAGGACAGAGAAAUUUGAGUACAGAAAAUUUGAACCAGAUGCUUUCCCCUCCCAUCCAUGGUCCUCCCUCACCAUCGCCGCCCCUCUCCUGCCAUCUCAAUUGGACCACCCCCGCGGAGCAGGAUCGCGUCCCCGCGGGACCGGCGUUCCGCGGCGUCUGCCAGCGGCCAUGGGGCAAGUUUGCAGCGGAGAUCCGGGAUCCCAACCGCCGUGGAUCCCGAGUCUGGCUCGAGACAUUCGACGCCGCCGUGGACACCGCCCGCACGUACGACCGCGCCGCCUUCUAG